AUGGAAGAAAAAAAGAAAGUAGAAAUUUAUGGCUCAAGUGUUGCAGGAAACAUCUUUGUUAAAAAAAAUCAAGACUCAAUCGAAUUUAUAUUAAAAGCAAAUAAAAUCGAAUUUUCUUUUGUCGAUGUAGCAGCUGACGACGAUAAACAAAAAUAUAUGAAAAGAAAGAAUGGAGGUGAAAAACGAUUACCCCAAAUUUUUGUGGGUGGUGAAUAUAAAGGGUUAGUCAAAGAUCUUGAAGAAGCAAAUGAAUUUAGAGAAGAAUUAUCACAAAUAAGAGGAUAUGCAAGCAAAAAGAAGAAAAAAAGAGCACCAUUUGUUCCUGCUAAUGCGCUUCCCUUUCUUGAUGCCGUGUCUGUGAUUAAGGCAAUGGAAGUAGGAUGGCCAAAUCAUACAUAUGAAGUACAUGUGAAAUUAGGAUUUGAAAAAGGAGUACAAAAUGUUCGUGGUUCAGUCUCUUUCCCAAAAUCAAUGUCUACAACUGCUCAUUUCUUGAUACAACAAGGAACAUUUAAAUUUGGAGAAAUUGACAGAUGUCUAGCUACACCAGAUAUGCUUCCAGCAGUUUCAAAGAUUGCCAGAAUUUUAGGUCCCAAACAAUUAAUGCCUACAUUAAAGAAAGGAACUGUAACAGAUGAUAUUAAAGGUGCUAUUAGAGAAAUGGCUGGAAAAUUUGAAUUUAAAAAUGAUAAAGCUGGAAUUAUUCAUGCGGGUUAUUAUUAUUAA